CAAGCGAUGCUGGUGUGGCAGCUGGAGGAGGAGUUGAGGCAUCACAAGAACCUGGGACCCAGCCUGGAGAAGCAAGCGAUGCUGGUGCGCCAGCUGGAGGAGGAGUUGAGACACCAGAAAACUAGAGGUCUGAGCGUCGAGGUCCAGACCCAACUGGAGAACCUGUCCACUGAGAACGACCACCUAAACCGCGAGGUGGCAAUCCUCAGGGAAACUAUCAAGGAACUAGAGCUGAGAAUAGAGACACAGAAGCAGACUCUAGCAGCUAGAGAUGAGAGUAUUAAAAAGCUCUUAGAGAUGCUCCAGCAGAAAGGAAUAGGUGAUAAAAAUAUAGAUGAGGAAGGGUCAGUAGAGUUGGAACAAAUGAGGGCGCGUCUAGUGGAGACACAGAAUGAACUGGAUCGUGUGAGGGACACACUGCGCCAGCGGGAGGACGACUGUGAGAAACUCCGCCAGCUUGAAGAAUCUCGUCUGGAGAUACAGAAGAGAGAUCAAGAGAUCCUAGCUCUCUCAGCCAAAAUGAAGACCUUAGAAGAACAACAUACAGACUAUCAAAGACACAUAACUGUUCUCAAGGAAUCUCUCUGUGCCAAGGAAGAACAUUAUAACAUGCUACAAGCUGACGUGGAGGAACUGAGGCAGCGCCUGGAGGAAAAAAACAAAACAAUUGAGAAAAAGACCCAACAGGCCCUCCAGACUACUCAGGAGAGGAACAAACUAAACUCAGAACUUACUGAACUUAGAGACCACAUGGACAUUAAGGACCGGAAGAUCAAUGUUCUUCAGAGGAAGAUUGAGAAUCUUGAAGAUUUGCUCCGAGAGAAGGAUAACCAGGUAGAUAUGGCACGAGCAAGGUUAACAGCUGUCCAGGCACACCAUUCUACCUCUGAGGGUGCUCUGACAUCAUUAGAGGAGGCCAUUGGCGACAAGGAUAAGCAGAUCCAACAGUUACGUGAGCAGAGGGACAGAGCAGAGCAGGAGCGCCAUCAGGAGCAGUCAUUGCAUGAGCGCGACAUCGCAGAGUAUAAGAUGAAGUUGCACACACUGGAGGGCGAGGUUGAAAAGCUUCAAGUCCGUCUGGAGCGCUCCCUAGCGGAGAAGGACAAGCUAGAGGCUAAGCUGGAAUCUAGCCAGUCUGAGCUGGGCAAGGCAAAAGCUGAGUUGGAAAAGAUGCAUGGGGAGGUGGGCAAGAGCACCAGUGACUACGAAUCCUACCGACAUCGACUCACCAAAAUUGAAAUGGAAAACGACAGGCUCCGGACAGAGAACGAACGCUUGCACCACGACCUUGAACGAUCACACCCAACAUACGGACGGUCUGCUGCCUUGCCUGGCGGACCAGGAGAAGUAGAACGACUGCAGGAGAAACUGGACAAGUGCCAAGCAGAGCUCCGGCGAGCACAGACAGAACUACGCAUGAACCAGGCGGACUACGAACGGUCGCACGUGGAGGUAAAGGUUGAGCAGCUGCAGGAGAAGGUAGAGAAGGCCCAGGGGGAGAUCUACAGGCUGAAGGCCAGGCUGGAGAACGCUCAGAGUGAGAAGGACAGUGUACAGGAGGAACUUGAAAGAGCUCAGGCUACUGUUGCACGGCAACACAGUGAGCGAGAACGUUGGGUGAACGAGGUUGACAAGCUGAGAGAGGAGCUAGAGAGAUCUCAAGCCACAGUUGGUAAAGCCCAGAUAGGUCAGGAGAAGACACAGUCAUCACUGGAUAAAGUACAGUCUGAAUUGGAUCAGUUACAGGAACGUUACGAGAGGCAGAGUGCUGAAAUCAGGAGGGUCCAGGCAGAGAGAGAAAAGCAUGCUUACGACUACGAGCAAAUCCAGAGUCAGUUAGACAAGGCCCACGGACAGAACGCACGACUCUCUAAGGAACGCGAGGCGGCCCAACACGAAUCUGACAGACUUCGUGAGAAGUACGAAAAGGCACAGACACAGAUGGCUCGCAUGCAGAAGGAGAGGGAAGUGGCCUCUUCUGAAGUGGAAGAGAUAACAGAGAAAGUGGAGCUGUUGCAAGCACAGCUGGGCAAGGCACACAGGGACCGCGAGACUGCCUUUGGGGACCUGGAACUGCUUAAGGAGAAGUAUGAGAAAACAUCAGCACAGAUCCAGAAGCUCAUGAUGGAGCGGGACGAUCGAACGACCGAGGUCGACAUCCUCAAGGACAAGCUGGAGAAAGCUCAAGCGCAGGUGACCCGAGCGCAGGACGAGAAGGACGUUGCUAACAGGGAGUUUGAGCGAGCGCUCGAAAAGUUUGAUAAGUCACAGAGUGAAAAUUUCCGGCUACAGACACGGCUGGAGUCGGCUCAAGCAGAACAAGAGCGACUUCAGGUGGAAAUCGAAAAGACCCAUGUUCUCUUUAACAAAAUCAAGGAUGAGAAGGUCAAACUUCAAGAGGACUAUGACCGCAUACAAGAAUCAUAUGACCGGUCGAGCCUCCAGUGUGUCCGAGCUAAAGAGGCUGAGGAGAAACUGAAGGAAGAAAUUGAGCGACUCAAUGUGGAUUUGACCAUUCUCAAGGAGCGCUAUGACAAGACCACUGUCGAGCUCCGCCGCGUGGGCAGCGAGAAGGAGAAACUACAAAAUGAUGUUGACCAAUUGACAUUUGAGUUAGAGCGAGCCCAAGCGCAGUAUGGAAAGGCACAAAACAGCCAGGAAAAAAGCCAGGAGGAAAUUGCCCGACUACAAAUCGAAGUUGAAAAGUAUAAAGAUAAGUAUGAGAGGAACACUUUAGAACUCAGCAAAGUCCGCAAUGAAAAGGAGAAGUUGCAGCAGGAGUGCGAAAACUUGCAAGGUGAAAUGGAUCGGGUUCUGGUGCGGAUGGGGAAAUAUCAAGAAAACACGGAACGGACGAAAGAAGACUACGAACUACUAAAAAUUGAGAUUGAGAGAGUGAAGGACAAAUUUGAAAAGGCCCAAAAGGACCUGGAAAGAGAGAGCAUCUUGCGGGAGAAGUACGAGAAGGAAGUGAUGAAGCUCAAGAGUGACAUGGACAGAGCAGAUCAACAGAGAGGUAAAUAUCAACUAGAUUAUGAGAAGAACAAACAGGAUAUAGAAAAGAUUGUAUUGGAGAACGAACGGUUGCGUGAGCGAUACGACACUAGCCAAAUUGAUUUACAGAAAGAAAAGCUCUUAAAUGAGAAAUACUCUGAAGAAAUUGCAAGUAUGAAAGCAGAGUUAGAUAAGACACAAUCAAGGGUAGGCAAGUUCUCCACAUCUCAUGAAAAAUACGAGGGAGAACUUGAACGACUGAACAUUGAGAAUGAGAAGAUAAAGGAUAAGUACGAAAGGUCACAGAUAGAAUGUACAAAAUCACAACAGAAAAUUGAGAAAAUGGAAAGUGAAAAUGAACGACUUCGGAGUGAUCUACUCCUGAGCCAAGAGCAACUAGAGCGUUUCCUCGCUGCUCAAGAUCGUAACAAAACUGAAGUAGAGAAAACUUCCAUAGAAGUUAACAAGUUCAAAGAUAAAUUGGAACGUACUCAGUCUGACCUGGCUCGCGCUCAAGCGGGGAAGGAAAAAGCUGAGUUGGAGGUUCAGCGACUGACUCAUGAGAUGGAACGAUCACAGCAACACAUGUCUAAGUACCAAGAAAGCAAUGAGUCAGCCAAAAUAGAAUUUGAAAGAAUGUCAGUGGAGCUUGAGAAGCUCCACGAACGCCUUGAAAAGUCACAGACUGAACUUAGAAGAGCUAAUGAUGCCAAAGAAAGAUUAGAAACAGAAAAUAGAAAACACAAGAGAGACUUAGAAGAAACUAAAGCAAUGAUUGGUAAAGCGACUGAUUAUCAACAAAAAUCCAAUCAAGAUCUUGACAAAUGCAAAGAGGAGAUUAUUAGACUCAAUAAAGAGCUUGAAAGAGCUAAGGAUGAACUCUCUAAAGUCGCAAAUGAGAAGGAGAGGCUAAACACAACACAAGAGAAACGUGAAAAAAUGAUUGCAAAACUAGAGUCAGACUUGACACAGUUAGAGUCAGAGCGGGAUCAAUUAGUUAAGCAAUUAGAAAAAUCUCAGGAUAUGCUUUUGAACUUCCAACAGGAACUGAAACAAACCGAAUCUGACUUGCAAAAAUCCCGAGAUGAGAACAAGCGGAUAAAGUCAGAGCUGAACAACACAACCAAAGAAAUGGAACAAGGCACAAAAGACAUGCUGGAAAGCAAGGAAAAUGAAAUCCAAAAACUGAGUGGGCAGCUAUCCACUAAGGAGAAGGAAUUCAAUGCUCUCAGAGCCGAGGCAGAGAAGGAAGUGCAGAGGUUACAACAGGAGGUUCACAAGGCUCAACAGACUGCACAGGUUGCCCAGAAAGAAGCAGGGCUGAUUCAGAGGGAAGCUGAGAAGGAACUGAAGAAUCUAAUUGUGCAAUUACAAGGGAAGGAGAAGGAACUAGGCAUAUUGCGUAGUGAAGGAGAGAAAUGCAGAUUACGAGCCGAAAAGGCUGAGCGUGAUGCAGCAGAGAUGGAGAAGCAAGUGAAGGAAUCUAGUAUGAAGGGAGAAGGAGAAACAGCGAAGCUACAACAAAGCGUCAUUUCUGAACGGCAGAGGGCCGAUCAGGGUGAGAGAGCUGUUCAGGAGAUGCAGAAACAAAUGCAAUCCAUGGCACAAGAGACACAGAAGAGCAAUCAACAGAUACAACAGCUGACCCAACAGAAUCAGGAGCUCAACAAACAGAUACACCAGAUAACGCAGCAAAACCAACAGACCCAACAACAGAACCAGACCUUACAGAAACAGGCACAACAGUCGCAGCAACAAAUACAACAACAGACCCAACAGCUGCAGAUCCUGCAACAGCAGCUGCAACAACAACAGCAGCAGUUACAAAAACAGAGUAACAACCCACGCGAGAACUCAGACACACAAAGAUUAAAAUCUGAUUUGGACAGAGCCAACAACGAGUUGAAAAACUCCGCUGUUGAGAAACAGAGAUUGCAGAGUCAACUGGAAUUGCUGGUGACGGAACUGGAGAAGAAACAGCUGGACUUGCACGAGGCCAAUCAGAAGCUCCAGAACGGCGGAAGGGCUGGCAACGACUCACAAGCGAUUAGAAGGCAACUGGAAGAUCAGAUGAAGAUUGAAGAACAGAAGGUACACACACUGGAACAACGGACCAAGCAACUGGAUGAGAAGGAGAAGACGUUAGUGGAACUAGAUGCUCGCCUGAACAAAAAGAGGGAACAAAUAAACCACAUGGAACAACAACUUGCCAAGGCACAAACAGCAGAAGGAUCAACAGCGUCAGAGUCCAGCAAACAACUGACGGAGCUGAGAAGAAUCCUGGGGGAGAGAGAGAAGGAAAUAGAAUGUCUGCAACAGUCACAGGUGAAAGCCCAGUCAGAGUUGCAGGCGGCACAGUCAGAGACUGAGAGACUGUUGCAGGUGAUGCAGAUGGGACAGGAGGAACACUUUGCCAAGGAUAAAGCUAUUAAAGACCUCCAAGAGGCACUGCGUGCCUGUAGCGCUAAUGGCUCUGCACCUUCAGCGAUUCAGCCAAAAAAAAUACGAUGAGCUACCCCUGGCACCCCUGCUAAUAUGGAUGGCAUCCCAGCUGUCAAGCCAGUGCUGCUGCCGCCCAUGACUAGCAACACUCGCGGCUAGAGUGCUUCGGCAGCCUCCGAGGCUGCCAAAGCCACCCUGGAACAAGCUAAGAACGUGGCUCAGCCGCUGGAGACUCAGUCACGCCCAGAUCAACCGGAAAUGGACAUGGUUGAGAUUGAGGGACGUGAGAGAGAGUACAAGUUACACAUUAACCAGGUAGAAGUUGAUAUCAAGUUGAAAGAUUCACUAAUCAGCAAUCUGAGUGAGGAGAACAAGACACAGAGAGAGCGCAUAGAAGAACUGGAAGGGGAAAUCCAUGUUCUGGAAGAGGAGGCGAGGAAGAACGAGAGAAUAGAGGAACUGGAGGAAUUAGUAAUAGUCGUGAAGCACAAGAAUGAGAGAAUUGAGGAACUGGAAGAGGCACUAAGGCAGAGUGUAAGAAUAGCAACGGACAUGGAACUGGAGAAGAGAGAUGAAGAAGAGAGAAGGAAGGAGAUAACAGAGAAGCUUAAUAAGCUUGAGAACAGAUUAUCGAGCACAAGCAGUGUUCAGAAGGUGCGGUGCGGUCACUGCCAGACAGUGAAGGAGCGACUGUCAGAGCUGGAGAUCAGGUACAAGAACCUGAUUAGCCAGAGGCACAGACACCUGAUGGAACUCUGGGAGCUAAAACAGGAGGCACUUACCUCGGCACUGAGCGAGAAGGACGCCCACUUGGCACUGUUGGAGGUUGGCGGUGUGAGGUCUUCGCGGGCGGCCCAGGAGCUAGAGACUCUCAAGAAAGCGAGAGUUAAGCUCUUAGAUGCCAUCAAAGACUUGGGCGAGGAACGGGUCCGGCUGAGUCAAGAAUAUCUGGCAACAGAGAUAGCAACAGAAGCAACGCCAACAGAGAUGUCGCCGUCACAACAGAAAGUGGACCAGGAGUCGUGAUGUGGAUGAUAUUUGGUUAAUUAUCAUCCAGGAAGCAUAGGAGAGAAGGAUGAUUGGUUAAGAUCAUCCAGCGUCCAGAGACAUCCACUCAGAGAUCAUCCAACACUCUAACAAGGGCCUCGAUAUCCGUCACAGCUCAUCCAUGCAGUGGAUGAGUCUCAGAUCCACUCGGAGAUCAUCCAGCAUCCAAGCACAUCCACUCACAUAAUCCAGAACCCAAGCACAUCCACUCAGAGAUCAUCCAGCAUCCAUGGCCCUCAUCUCCCUACUAUAUCACAGACCUGUAAAAUCGGCCUAUAAUAGGCUUGAUUAGUGAUCCAUAAUUGAAAAAAAUAGGCCUAUCUCUCACAAAUGUAAUAGUCUAUUCUCUUCUGUGCUAUACAAUCAUUAUCAAAAGCACUAAAGAUGUAUGGGUGUAGACUUUUAGGCCUAUUAUCGUCACUGUGACCCACUUUGGCACUGUAAUCUAAUUUUUUUAAAUUUUAGGCCUGGGUUUUUGAAAUAAAAUGCCUAGGUGGGCAUGGGAAGGGAAUUUCUGUAUACUGUGUAUCUUGUGUUUAGUGUAUGAUUGUAUGGGGACCAUAUGUUGUAUAAAUUAUGUAAUGUUGGUGUACUAUCAGCAGUGUCACUGUGUUGAUGGUGUACUAUCAGCAGUGUCACUGUGUUGAUGGUGUACUAUCAGCAGUGUCACUGUGUUGAUGGUGUACUAUCAGCAGUGUCACUGUGUUGAUGGUGUACUAUCAGCAGUGUCACUGUGUUGAUGGUGUACUAUCAGCAGUGUCACUGUGUUGAUGGUGUACUAUCAGCAGUGUCACUGUGUUGAUGGUGUACUAUCAGCAGUGUCACUGUGUUGAUGGUGUACUAUCAGCAGUGUCACUGUGUUGAUGGUGUACUAUCAGCAGUGAUACUGUGUUGAUGGUGUACUAUCAGCAGUGUCACUGUGUUGAUGGUGUACUAUCAGCAGUGUCACUGUGUUGAUGGUGUACUAUCAGCAGUGAUACUGUGUUGAUGGUGUACUAUCAGCAGUGAUACUGUGUUGAUGGUGUACUAUCAGCAGUGAUACUGUGUUGAUGGUGUACUAUCAGCAGUGAUACUGUGUUGAUGGUGUACUAUCAGCAGUGAUACUGUGUUGAUGGUGUACUAUCAGCAGUGAUACUGUGUUGAUGGUGUACUAUCAGCAGUGUCACUGUGUUGAUGGUGUACUAUCAGCAGUGAUACUGUGUUGAUGGUGUACUAUCAGCAGUGUCACUGUGUUGAUGGUGUACUAUCAGCAGUGUCACUGUGUUGAUGGUGUACUAUCAGCAGUGUCACUGUGUUGAUGGUGUACUAUCAGCAGUGAUACUGUAAUGAUGAUAGCACUGUUAACUACCAGUCAUCCUGGGAACAAUGUGAUCUACGAGGCGCGGGUUGUCGACCCGCUGUUCGAGUCUUGGACUUUAGAAAGUUGUACUCAUAAAUGCUCUGAUUACUUAUGGACUCAAAAAAGUCUGUUUUGGUACUCUAUUAACAGAAUUAUUUUUUAUUAAGAUCAUAGAAUCAACCCCAAAAUUUUUUUUUUUCACAUAUUAAUAAAAAUUUUAAUUUAACCUUUUCUACUAAGUCAGGUAAAAGAAAUAAUGGGUUUUUCAUUGACUAAAAAAAGUUUCUCAAAACUUAAAAUAAAUCUUGGUAUUUCAGAGAAUGAAAUUUUUUCCGGUGGAGGAAUUUUAAGAUAUGAAAAUAUUAAUGUUAUUUAUUCUAAGAUUUCUGAAAAUUGGGAAAAAAAUUCUGAUUGUUUUUGCUCCAGUUUGAUCUGUAGAAGUCAUAUUUAAUUGGUAGUACAUAUGUCAUUAUUUUUUGGAAAUUUUUCCAUCCCAGUCCAUCCGAACUUAUGGUGGCUCGACUGGUGAACCUUCGAUUUACCAAAUUUUAAAAGUGCCGGACAAAAUCUUCUCGAGUGAUUUUGACAAGCAGAGUCUGCCCUUUAGCGAAUGAUUAUCUGUUGUUAUAAGCAUGAUUAAACAAUCUUAUCUAUCCAUCACAACCUCUAUUACCAAUCAUCCACUGUCAUCUAUCAGUGCACCAAAUUGAUGGUCCAAUGUACUAAUUUUUGGGGGGAUGGAAAUGAACCUAGUCCCCUGGGAAAUUGGGAAAAUUUGCCUAUUCCAUGGCACAAUUAAAUCAGGUUCAAUAUCUCGAAAUAUACUAACAAAUCACCUGUAGCAUCCCCACAAGCACACUUAGCCCAAAGUCAAAAUUUUGAAUCGCUUCUCGAAGUCCAUGAGCUGUCAUGUAGAUCAUAUGUACUCAGUACUCCUUUACAGAAGCAAAACUUCCUAUAGAAAUUUCUGUACUCAAAUUUCAGAGAGUGGUUCAUAAUGCAUGGUAUGGCAUGAUGGUAAUGGUGUCAAUGCUGCUGGUGGAAGCGCUGUUAAUGAGAGUGGAAGUGAUGGAACCUAUAGUGGAAUGGGCUCUUGGUAGAGCAAUAUUGUUGCCAUAACAAAGCAUUUGUUUCUUAGAGUAUUUGAUACUCUAAACAGAGCUCGAAGUAGCUCUAUAAAUAGUGUCUCUCUUAUAUACUUCUCAGCAAGUCUUGCCUCACAGACAUUACAAAUAAUCUUUCAGUGGGACAAUAUCUUGGUCCAAGGAGAGCUCACAGUAGAGCUUGAUCUGCUCUAAGGAGAGCUUCAACUAGCUUGAUUAAACUUUCAUAGAGCCUAGUCCCCUAAAAAUGGCUUAUACAGUUAAAUGUAUCUUCGAUUUGACGUCGAGAACACUGACCCUUUAUAGAAAUUAAACAUUAGUAAUUAUCAGGUGUUAAUACACCUGUUAAAACAAGAAAAAUUAUUAUUAGCUUUUUAGGGGGGAGAUUCACUAUACCUGGGGUUGCAAUAAUUAAUUUUUUAAUAGCAUUUUGAAAUGUAGCCAAAACAUAGCAGUAAUGGGUACACAAACGUGACCAAAAACCAUUAUACAACCAAUAUAAUGUGCAUUUUUUAUUUUUUGAAAAUGCAUUUCACCCAUUUGGGUAAUACAGUGAUAGGAUGUACACAUAGGAAACCAAAAAACUAUCACCAUCUCACCUAUUUGUGGUGGAGGCAGACUAGGGAAUAUUUACUUGCUUUUACUUAAAAAUAUUGUAAAGAUUAAUCGUAUUGUAUAUGAAAUAUUUGACUGGUAGUGAAGAGCUUUAGCAAUGCAAAACAAAUGAAGCUCAAUCUCCAUAUUUUCCGAAGAGACUAACCAUGAAGAAAGACUCGUCUGUUCUAUAAGUGUGUUUAGUAUUUCAGUUGGGUGCCAAAAGUUCUCAGUCUGAUUCUUCGGAGAAUCGAAUGGUGCAUCUUGAUUCUUGUACGAUGAUUUAGUGUUGUCCUUCAGUGGGAAUUAUAAAUAGAAUAUGGUUUCUUUGUGUAGUGGGUUGGGCAUGAUGAUUACUUCCUGACUGCUUAUUAAGAGCUAUAGGGAUUGCUGCCACUUGGCCCAUUUUUAGAGGAAUGGUGUAUUCAGAAUACUCCCCUAUUACGACUGAUGCAAACUUUUGGCACUCAACUGUAUGUGUAAUAAGGGUCCUGUCGAAAUACUGCCAGAGUUUAUUUAUAUGAUUAAGUAGCCUGCACAGGAUGCAUGAGUUUAUGCAUGGUAUUAACGAAAGGUCGAUAAUGUAAAUCACAAACUCUUUUGUAAAUCUUCGGUGCAUUGCCGGUGCAUUGCCACAGGUGCUGGCGAGGGGUCGUACCUUCUGGGUUAACCAAGUAGAUUUGAGGUGAUCCGGUUCGAAGGACCAACUUAACAUCUGUAUUUUAAUAAAUGAUUCCUUAUAGCACUAUUUAUGUAUGCAAAAAUUAGUAAAAAGAAUAAUUUCUUAAAAUAUUUAUGUAAAUAAAAAUCAAGAAAAAACACUAUUUUUUAUUUUUUUAAGUUUUAAAUAUUUUAAUUUUUACAUACAUAAAUACUGUAUUAACAAAAUUCAUUUUUUUGUCAUACUUAAGUAUCGAUACUUAAGGGACAUCAUCACAGGACAUGUAUCCUGAGAGGUGUAUUUCUCUCAGCAAAUAUACGCUGAAAACUUUAAUCCCUAUUUUAGGUAUUAAAGUAUAUUUGGUGGUGAGAAGGUUACAGAGCAGCCUUAAUGACCCACUUAUUGUCGCUAGACUUCAAACUCCAUUAACCAACCAACUGGUCAUCAGAAAAUUAUGACCAGUGCUAGUAUGAGAGUAUUUUUUUGAGCAGGAUGGCUCGUGUGUUCAGAAUGCCUCUGACCCUUAUUUAUCUCAACCUCCAGUACUAGACUCUCCAUUAUGAUGCUGAGUUUGUUCUUGCGAUCCACAACACCUCAGUUCCAAGUCGAACGGUCAAUACAAACCAUACACCAAGUCUUUAUGCCAUCUUGGGACCCAUUUUCAUACUUAUUAAGGUAUACAUACUCUAAUAGGUAUAUAUAUUCUUCCAGAGGGCUUUACACUCGUUACACUCAGGAUAGCACACCUAUAUCUCUGUAUUUACAUACUAAUAUUUUAAUUUAUACUUAGUAUUCCAGCAGUAUACAUAGAGUAUACAUACCUUAUGCCUCUCACUCCACUAUCGCACAAUUCUUACUGUGUGUAAACACCUCCCUUUCUCAAUAUUCCACCACUGUAUACACUCCUAUACUCAUUUCGCCAUUAAAUAUAAGACUUGGCUCCCAUGAGAACAGUUGCCUGUUUGCCUCACUACUAUUCUACCUAUCAUUAGUAUGUCACAAUUUCUAGUCUAUGUAUGGUUACAGCAGAGUGCCAAAAGUUCACAAUCUGAUACGUAGGAAGACUGCAAAGUUCGCUUUGGUCUAUGAACUCAGCUUUACGCUGCAGUGUGGCCCUAAAAAAUUGUUUGUUAGGUCUUCAUAUUGGGUUCAGCACGAUGAGGUGUAAGUUUGGAACACUGCUGACCUCAGUCUGAACUUUUGGUGUUCAUUUGUAGCAUUUUUGGAACUCUCGGUGCUUGAGUGUAACUGUGUGGACACCAAAUUGAGCGGUACUUUUGACUGCUGUCUCUGACUGGUACUUGUAAGUGAUAUUUGUGACUGAAAUUUUUGGUACUCUUAAGUGGUUCUGUACAUUGCAAUACUUCUGACUACUAUAUGUGACUGGUACAUUUUAAGUGGUACUUGUGACUGGUACUCUUGACUGGUACCUCUAAAUUUGGUACCUUUAAUUUGGUACCUUGAAUGUAUAGAUUCUCAUUUAUGUAUAUAGUGUGUAUGUACGUUGUAUAUACAUACAUGUACUCAUGUAAUUUUGGGCACAAAUGUAACAUUGUAUGUAAAUUUAAUAUGUAAGGUCGACAGUUUAAGGGAUAUGUGUUCGACGUGCCUAUGAGUUUUUUUGUUUGUCAAUGUAUACCUCCUGAGUCUUUCACGCCAACCAAAGCUCUGCUGACAGCAUCACCAGCACUCCGCUCUGCUAUGGAGUCUGUGUUAAGGGGCUUUUCCAGGAGUGUUCUAUGACUCCGACUCCUCCAAGGACACCUGUUUCCUCCCCUCUGUGGUGGCUUGGUAAUCCUCAGGUCCACAGAAUGAUGUAAAGGAGUAGUGAAAUCUUAGCACCACAGAACAUUUUGUGUAAAAGAACUGUUGUUUAGUAACUAAAAACUAUACUGUUACUAAACGACUAGGCUAAAAGUGUUUAUAUCUGAAAAGCCAGUUAGAGUGAGGGUGGAUGUGAGAAACUAAUAUAAACUUGAAUCCCCACCUUGAUAACUGUGAUGGGAAAUGAAGGUAUGUAUAAGAAGAAUUCUCUCUCGACAGACUGGAAACCUCUCCAUAAACUAAAUCCUCGGGAAAAGUGGUUCGAUGUAGUUUAAGAAGUGUUUAAAUUCCUGGAUCGCCAUUCUCACCUUCCUGACCCUAAGCAAAAGCGGAGUGCAUAGGAUAAUGAAAUGUUACAGGGAAAAAGAUGGCACUAAACCUCAUAGCCUUUAAGGUUGAAAGUCCACUUGUUUCAACCUUAGAAGCUAGUGGGGGGUUAGCACUAUGCUCCCUCGACCCACAUAUAGAACAUAUCUCCUUCUGUCUCUGCCCACAUUAAGUUACUGAUGUGUUAGUGUUGUGGGUGAUGCUUACAAUGGUCAGGUUGUUGUGUAAGUGAUACAUGAGUGUAGCUGGAAACAUUUAGACUGUAGCAAACCACUGUUAAGUGAGGAUUCUCUUUUCCUAUGGAUGAGAGGGAGGUUUGACGGGCUUGACGGGAAGUCCUCGACUUACGAACGACGCAAACUACACUCAUCUGCUUUGACAAACGAGGGAAUUAGGAGCCAGCCAAGGGUUUUAAGAAAAGAAACUGCCAGUACAUGCUUUGAACAAGUUUAAAACCUAUCCUUUGUACCAUUUUUUCUAUAAAACUGAUUUGUGAAGCAACAGCAGCCCAGCCUGUUCGUAAGUCGGGAGGGAGGGAGAGGGGACACGAAACGUUCGGAAGUCGAGGACUUGCCAUACCACUGCCCUGUCUUAAUGCCCAAAUAUCUUAACCUAUACCCUACACUGACUACCCUGUACCCACUAGAGUACCACUAGAUGUCAGCCUCACAAACCUAAACCCAGAAAAAAAAAAACUGAAACUUAGUUAACAUUACUACAAUUGUCUCUAGAAAAUAUUUAAAACUCUCACUGAAAAAAACACUAACAGUGAAUAUUUUGGCGAGAUUGACCAUUUUUUUGGCUACAGAAAGUGACUGGCCACUUGAUUCCACUUGACUUGAAAGUGGGAGGCUGGCUGCAAGUGGUGCUCUAGUGGAGGAAUCUACAAGUGAACUUAAAGAUUAGAGAUGUUGAUGUUUAGAAUGCAAACUGUUGUCUUAAUCUUGACCUUUCCAGCUCCUAUUGACCUUUCUGGCACCCUGUUGACCUUUCCAGAUACCUGUUGACUUUCUGGCACCCUAUUGACCUUUCCAGGUACCUGUUGACUUUCUUGCACCCUAUUGACCUUUCCAGGUACCUGUUGACUUUCUGGCACCCUAUUGACCUUUCCAGGUACCUGUUGACUUUCUUGCACCCUAUUGACCUUUCCAGAUACCUGUUGACUUUCUGGCACCCUAUUGACCUUUCCAGGUACCUGUUGACUUUCUGGCACCCUAUUGACCUUUCCAGGUACCUGUUGACUUUCUAACACCCUAUUGACCUUUCCAGGUACCUUUUGACUUUCUGGCACCCUAUUGACCUUUCCAGGUCCUACUGACCUGCCAUCCUGUCGACCUCUCCAUCUCUAUUGAAAUUAGCAUCUCCCUAUUGACCUUCCUGGCUCCCUAUUGACCUUUCUGGAAUCCUAUUGACCUUUCUGGUACCUGUUAACCUUUCCAUCUCUCUAUCGAUAUUAGCAUCUCCCUAUUCACCUUCCUCGCUCCCUAUCGAUCUUUCUGGCAUCCUAUUGACCUCUGCAGCUCUCUAUUGACCUUCCUGGCUGCCUAUUGAUUUUUUCGGCUCCCUAUUGACUUUCUUGGCUCCCUAUUGACCUUUCCCACUCCCUAUUGACCUUUCUAGUUCCCUAUUGACCUUUCCCGCUCCCUAUUGACCUUUCUAUUUCCCUAUUGACCUUUUCAGCUCUCUAUUGACCUUUCUAAUUCUCUAUUGACCCCCCAUACUCUCUAAUGACCACCCAAACUCCCUAAUGACCACCCAAACUCCCUAAUGACCACCCAAACUCCCUAAUGACCACCCAAACUCCCUAAUGACUACCCAAACUCCCUAAUGACCACCCAAACUCCCUAAUGACUACCCAAACUCCCUAAUGACUACCCAAACUCCCUAAUGACCACCCAAACUCCCUAAUGACUACCCAAACUCCCUAAUGACUACCCAAACUCCCUAAUGACCACCCAAACUCCCUAAUGACCACCCAAACUCCCUAAUGACCACCCAAACUCCCUAAUGACCACCCAAACUCCCUAUUGACCACUCAAACUCCCUAAUGACUACCCAAACUCCCUAAUGACCACCCAAACUCCCUAAUGACCACCCAAACUCCCUAAUGACCACCCAAACUCCCUAAUGACCACCCAAACUCCCUAUUGACCACCCAAACUCCCUAAUGACUACCCAAACUCCCUAAUGACCACCCAAACUCCCUAAUGACCACCCAAACUCCCUAAUGACCACCCAAACUCCCUAAUGACCACCCAAACUCCCUAAUGACUACCCAAACUCCCUAAUGACCACCCAAACUCCCCAAUGACCACCCAAACUCCCUAAUGACCACCCAAACUCCCCAAUGACCACCCAAACUCCCUAUUGACAUCUCUAACUAUCUACUGACCUCCCAAACACCCUAUAGACCUUUCAAAGUCCCUAUUGACUUUCCAAACUCUCUAUCAACCUCUCAAACUCCCACUUGACCUCCCAAACACUCCAUGGAUCUCUCAACCCCCCCUACCAACCUCCUAAAUUCUUGAUUGGCCUCUCAAACUCCCUACUGACCUCCCUAUAUCCUCCCAAACUCUGUGUUAACUUUCGAAGCUCCCUAUUCAUAUAUCAAUCUCCCUAUUGACCUCUUACUCUCCUUAUGUCCUCUCAAUCUCCCUAUUGACCUCUUACUCUCCCUAUGACCUCUCAAUCUCCAUAUUGACCUCAAAAACUCCCUGUUGACCUCUCAAUCUUCCUAUUGACCUCAUAAUCUCCCUAUUGACCUCUCAAUCUCCCUAUUGAUAUCUCAGUCUCCCUGGUGACCUCUCAAUCUCCCUAAUGACCUCUCUCCCUAUUGACCUCUCAAUCUCCCUAUUGACCUCUCAAUCUCCCUAUUGACCUCUCAAUUUCCCCAUUGACCUCUCAAUCUCCCUAUUGAAUUCUCAAUCUCCCUAUUGACCUCAUAAUCUCCCUAUUGACUUCUCAAUCUCCCUACUGACCUCUCAAUAUCCCCAUUGACCUCAUAAUCUUCCUAUUGACCUCUCAAUCUCCCUAUUGACCUCUCAAUCUCCCUAUUGACCUCUCAGUUUCCUUGGUGACCUCUCAAUCUCCCUAUUGACCUCAUAAUCUCCCUAUUGACUUCUCAAUCUUCCUAAUGACCUCUCAGUAUCCCCAAUGACCUCACAAACUCUCUAUUGACCUCUCAAUCUCCCUAAUGACCUCACAAACUCCCUAUUGACCUCUCAAUCUCCCUAUUUCUUCACUUCCUGUACACCAUGUUGAUGAUAAAGUUGAUCUUGCUA